AUGUCUUUGAUCAACCAAAAGGUCCCAACUGAAAACUUCCAAUUCCAAUACAUUCCAAUCAGCCCAUCUGAUGGUGAUGCAUGCAAGCUACCACAAGCUGAAUCAUGGUCUAAGUUUUUGUCUGAGCACAAGAACGUUAUUUUGACUGGUGCUCCAGCUGCAUUUUCCCCAACUUGCUCCAUUAACCACAUUCCAGAAUACAUCAAGGGUAUUAAGGAUUUGCAAGCAAAGGGUGUUGACCAAGUUGUCGUCAUCACUGUGGACAACCCAUUUGCCAAUGCUGCAUGGGCUAAGAGCUUGGGUGUCAACGACACUACUCACAUCAAGUUCGCCUCUGAUGCUGGUGGCCAUUUCGUCAAGAGACUAGGUUUUGACUUGCCUGUCGGCGAAGGUGUUUCCUGGAGUACCCGUUGGGCAGCUGUUGUCAAGGACGGUGUUAUCACCUACGCUGACAAGGAGACCAAGCCAGCUGAAGAAGUUACCGUGUCUGGUUUGAGCAACAUUGAAAAGCACUUGUAA